AUGCAGUCCGUCAACAUUAACACUUCACUCGAAAAUCGAAUUUUUCCAAUGACAAAUUCUUCCUCAUUGGAUUCAUUCCUCUCCGACACCGAAGCGUCCAUAUCAUUGCCACAAUGGUUAUUCAUUCCAUUCAUUAUUAUCUCAAUCGUGGAAAGUGUUCUUGGUACCGUUGGUAACAUUCUUGUUAUCAUUGCCAUUUCAUGUCUUGGCAAAUCCAAUCCUCAUCAUCGAUCUUACAACAGUUUCAUUGUUAAUUUAGCACUAAGUGAUUUAGUUUUGUGUUUAUUCACAAUGCCAUUGAAUACCUAUCGAAGUUUAAACACUUAUAUGAAAUUCCCUCCCGCAUUUUGUAAAUUAGCUGAUACAUUUCCUGCUAUAAAUAUUUGUGUUUCAUCGUUAACUAUUGUCGCCAUAUCGAUUCAUCGAUAUUUAGUUGUUUGCUUUCCACACAAACAGCUGAUGGGGACUUUUGUGACAUUCUUAACCAUGAUCGGUAUUUGGUUACUGGCAAUUAUUGCAGCAAGUCCACUUUUUAUCUAUUCAUCGUCGUUGCGAGCUUAUGACGAUGAAUUGAUUGAAAGAACCAUUGAUUUGUUUUGCGCGAACUUGUCCGAUGAUUCGUGUAUGAAUGAAUUCAAUCAAAGAAAUCGACGUUUGCAUGUUGUUUGCUAUGAAUCUUGGCCUCAAUAUGGCAAUUUGCGUCUUGUGUAUACAAUAUUUAUCUUCUUUCUUCAAUUCAUUCUUCCAAUAUUCAUCAUUUCUAUCACAUAUUAUCAAGUUAUGCUGAAAUUAAGAGAACGUUUUCGCUAUCGAUUUUUAAUUAAACGUCAUAAUAUUUCUUCAUUACGGCAAGAAGUUAGCCGUCAACGGCGAAACAACGUUCUCCUCCUUCUAAUCGUUUCCUCAUACGCGAUCAGUUGGUUACCAUUCAACAUUUCCUAUACCAUCUUCACCUACAAGAACCGUUAUCUCUCUAAUUCAGAUAGUAAUCCAACGCAUUCAAAAGUGCAAAUGAAUGGCUCAUUGAAGUAUCUUCCAUUACGUUUUCUAAUUUGUAUGAUCUCCGCAAUAACAAAUCCGUUUGUUUACGGUUAUUUUAACGAAACAUUCCAAGACGGUUUAAAAAGAAUCGUUUCGUUAUUCUGCCCGCGUUUCAAUCGCAACAUCAAUGUAAUUUAUUAUAAACAAACAGACAUUUCCUCAUUUCCAACCAAUGGAUCCAAAUCAGAAAGAAAAACGAAACCUUUACGAUUCUUUUUUUAUCCGUCAUCGAAUAAUAACAUAUUUAUACUAAAAUUAAAGUCCACUGACGAUUUCCGAACGUCAGCUCGAAUGUCACAUUGA